AUGGAUGAGCCUCUAGAAGAGGCUCUCUCUGUAUCCAUGGGACAUGAAAGCACAGCCACACUCCCAACUACUAAUCCCACUAACAACCUUGAAGAUGACAACCAGCCCAAAGGAAAGGCAGAUGACUACACAGACCACCGAGUAGCUGACCAAAAUAUCCAAAUAGUACAUGGCCAGCCUAAAGCCAUAUCUGCCCAAGCUGACCACAAAGUAUCUGAAGACACUGGGUAUACAAUACAUGAUCAGUUUGACCAAAAAUCAUCUGAGCCAACUGAUGGCAAGACGUCCAGCCAAGCUGAUGAUGUAGCACAUGGACAGACUGACCAUAGGGUGUCUGGUCUGAUGGAUGGAACUGCUGAGCAGGUGGACCGCAGAUUAUCCAGCCAGCCUGAUAGAAGAGCUUCUGAGCAGGUGGGCCAAAGAGUGUCUGACCAAGCACAGAGAAAAGCUUCCGAGCAGAUAGACCACAGAGGGUCCAGCCAAGCUGACAGAAGAGCUUCUGAGCAGGGAGAACACAGAUUGUCUAGACAGGCCAAAGGAAGAGCUUCUCAGCAGGUUGAUGACACAUUGUCCAUGCCAUCUGAUGGAGGAGCCUCUGGGAAUGAUCAACAAAGAAUAUCUGACCAAGAAACAUCUGACCAAGAAACUUCUGAACAGAUUGACUUCAGAUUGUUCAACCUCGCUGUGAGAACUGAGAAAGCUGACCCGAUCUUGUCUGACCAAGAUGAACAUAGAACAGCUAUAAAGUUUGACCAAGUAUAUAACCAAGCCACUAAACUAACUGAACAACAAGCUGUCUACCAAGCUGACAGCAGUGCUGAUAAAUUUAUGGUUGGUAGAGAUGCCUAUAGUGAAGAAGACCAGAUUAACAAUUUCAUAGAUACACAAGCUGACCAAGAAAACUAUCCAUCUUCCUAUAAAACACUUGACCAGAUUGAGGACAGAGUAUUUGCCCAGUUCAGGAAACAGGACAAACAGGAUGACUACAGAAUACAGCCCUGCAAAUUUGAGGCUAGUCAAUUCCUAGACCAAAAACCCAGGCUUUCAGAGACAACAGAAAGUGAAAGUCCAACCACUAGCCAAGCCUUCUCCCUAGAUGGUACCAGAUUCACUAAUAAUUUCCCACCAAAAGGCCAUGCCUGUUGCUCAAAACUGCCCUCCAUCUUGUCCAAACUGGACUCUAACACCACUCAAGAAAAAACUCAAGCCACAGAAAUCAAACCUGAUGAUUUUUCAGAAUUCAAGCAGGAAAAGACUUUUCAUACAGAGAAGCAAACUCUUAAGGGGAGGUUCCCUCCUAUAGUUUAUGAAGAUCCUUAUCAAGCUUCACUCCAGUACAUGGAGGAGCAUGACAUCCUGCAGAUAUUCCAGUCUCUGGACAACCCACAGUGUGAGCCUUACUCAGGCAGUUACUAUCCCUAUGCUAUGUACCAUCAGCACCCCCUCAUGCAGCAGAUGCAAGCUCCAGACACCAGCAUCCUUAGGAGAAGUGAGAGUUAA